AUGUACUCAAAACGAAAGGACUCAAGCCCAAUUUUACCAUUAACACCCGCAGAUUUGGACUUUCUUCCAAUACAGCAGCAAUUCCUGAAGUCUUGGAAGCAUCUCGACAAGCCGAAACCCUUAGUCUCUGCCAUUUUUCGAAUACUUUCACCCGAGCAGAGUCUAGAAAAGUACUCUUCGUAUAAGCUCAAAGUGACGAAGAAACGUGGCCUUGCCAACGUCGAAGAGCUUCUCUUCCACGGCACAUCUCGCAGCUGUCGUCUCGGAGAAACUAAGAGCAAUGUCAAAUUGUGCCCAAUACCUGAAUGCUACCUGUGUUGUAUCAUACGCGAAUCUUUUAACGUUGACAAGUCAGGGACCAGUCAUUCGUUUCAGAGGUUUGGCAAAGGCAUAUACACGACAUCAUGUUCCUCCAAGGCCGAUAGUUAUUUCCGCGAUGUUUCCGAGGGUUCCCCAUUUCGCAUGAUUUUAGUCAACCAUGUAGUCGUCGGUAAACCACGCCGCGUACAUCAUAAUCGUCACCGAAUGCUGUCCCCAGCAAGCUAUGAUUCCUUAAUUGGAGUACCCGGCGAGGAUCUAAAUUACGAUGAAACCGUAGUGUAUGCAAACGAAGCGAUUAGACCUGCGUAUCUGGUUGUCUAUGCUUAUACCGGAUCUCUCAAGAAAAGCAAGGCAGCGAACUUCAUAUCGAAGAUAUUUAGGACCCCGCUAUAUGACGCAUGA